AUGGAGCGCGGGCGCCGCAGAAACGCGUCCGUUACGGCCAAGGCCGAGGAGAAGCUCCGGGCGAUCGAGGAGGCGCGCAAGGCGGGGAAGAAGGCCAUCGACAUCGGGGACGAGAAGGAGGAAGAUGCCGUGUACGACCUGCUGAGCGAGAAGGAGUACGCUGCGUACGUGAGGAGGAAGCGCGAGGAAGCAGGCGACUUCAUCGUCGACGACGAGGGCAACGGGUACGCGGACAACGGCGAGGAGGAGAACUGGGGCUUCGAUGGGAACGCCGAGGACUCCCCCCGCGCCAAGGGCAAGGGCAAGGGCAAGGGCGGCAAGGCCGGGAAGGGCAAGGCCGGCAACGACGCCGGCGGCGCGCGCGAGCGCAUGCAGCGCAUGUUCAUGACCGCCGCGGCGAAACCUCUCAAGGCACCUACCAAGGCCUCAAAGAAGGCCGCCGAGUCCGCGGACGCCCUGCUCGACGGCAUCCUCGGCGAGGGCGACGUGGACGCCGCGAUGCCGACGCCCGCGCCCGUGCACCGCGUGCCGGGCGCGUUUGGCAGCGCGCUGCGCGGCGUGGGGGCGUUCGCGACGCCUGGGGCCGGCGGGGCGUUCCGCACGCCGGCGACGCUGCCGCGGACGGCGCCGCUGACGGCGGGGCGGCAGGAGGUCGGCACGGCGCCGCUGGCGCCGAGGAAGCGGGCGGCGGCGCGGGCGGCGUCGCCGGCGACGGCGAGCAAGGCGGCGCGGGCGGGGCGCACGCCGCCGCGGUCGCCGCUGCUGGCGAUGUCGUCGCGCGACCAGGUGCCCGUCGCGGUGGGCUCGUCGCCGCUGCGGCGGCCCGCGCCCGCGAAGCGCCGGGCGCUGCUCGCGGACGACGACGACGACGACGAGGGCAACGACACGCGAAACAGGGGCGCCCCCGCCGCGGACGACGACGUCGUGAUGGACGACGGCGGCGGCUUCCAGGAGGAGGGCGGCUUCGGCGACGGCGGCGACGACGCCCCCUUGCAGGAUGACGCUGCCCCUGCCGCCGCGAAGAAGCCCGCGGCGGUCGCCGACGAGGACGACGAGGGCGACGGCACGGCGCAGGGGUGGCACGACAUCUUCGACGGCGAGGGCGCCGCGCCGGCGGCCGGGCCCGCGGCCGCGGCGGCCGCCCCGUGGGUCGACGACGGCACACUCCCCCUGGACCAGUCUGACCAGACGCUGCCGUUCUUCCUGCUCGACAUCAUCGAGGAGCCGUCGCGUCCCGGCACGCUCUUCCUGAUGGGCAAGGUCGCCGCGAACGCCGCGGCGCCCAGCCGCGGCCAGGGGGGGACUUUUGUCUCGGCGUGCGCGGUGGUGGAAAACCUGCAGCGCAGCGUCCUCGUGGUGCCGAAGCCCGACGUCUUCGCGGACGCGUCCGGGGAGCUCGCGCAGCUCGAGGAGGCGGUCGCGGCGGAGAAGGCCGCCGCCGCCAAGGCCGGGCGCGCCGUCGAUCCGGCGCCGCAGCGCGAGCUGAUGACGGCGCUGCACACGCGCGCGGCGGACCUCAAGAGCGAGCUGCGCGAGAUCCUCCGCGGGCUCGACAUCGAGGGGUACACGCUGGCGCCCGUCAAGCGGCGAUACGCGUUUGAGGACUCUCGCGUAGCGCGCACGGAGCAGUGGUGCAUCAAGAUCCGGUACGCCGCGGCGGGGCCGAAGAUCCCGAUGUCGGUGCGCGGGCGGAAGAUCGCCGCGAUGUUCGGGACCAACCAGAGCGCGCUGGAGGCGGUGUGUCUGAAGCGGCACCUGAAGGGGCCGUGCUGGAUCAGGCUGGCGCGCCCGACGCGCGUGCAGGGCCCGCAGCAGGUGUCGUUCUGCCGCAUCGAGGUGAGGGUCGCGUCCGCGAAGUGCGUGGUCGCGGACGAGGCGCUGGCGGCGCGCCCGGCCCCGCCGCUGUCGACGAUGGCCAUCAAGCUGCAGACGCACGCGAGCGGCGCGUCGGGGCACGCGGAGAUCGUCGCGGUGUCGAUGGUGUCGCACGCGGGCGUCUCGAGCGAGACGACGACGCCGCGCGACCAGUGGACGGGCCCGGCGGCGCGCUCCACGCUGCGCCACCUCACCGUGCUCAGCCGCUGCGAGGGCCGGCCGUUCCCGCCGGGCUUCGAGGACGCCGCGCGCGCGCUGAACGCCGCGGGGCAGGGCAUCGUGCUCUCGCUGCAGCAGUCGGAGCGCUCGCUCCUGGCCUUCCUCCUCGCGACGCUGCAGCAGCAGGACCCCGACGUACUGGUCGGACACAACAUCUCCGGGCACGACCUGUCCGUGCUGCUGCACCGGCUCAAGGACACGAAGGCGCACAACUGGGGGCGCGUCGGGCGGCUGAAGCGCACGCGGUUCCCGUCGCUGGGCGGCGGCGGGGGGGUGUUCGGCAGCGGCGCCGGCGCCGGCGCGCUCGCGGCGCUCGCGGGCCGCCUGCUCUGCGACACGUACCUCGCCGCGAAGGAGUUCGUCAAGGAGAUCGACUACUCGCUCACGACGCUCGCCAAGAACCAGCUCGGGCAGUCGCGGCGCGACAUGGACGCGGCGGCCGUGGAGCGGGCGUUCGUGGCGCGCGACGACCUCCUGGCGCUCGCGCGGCACAACGAGGGCGACGCGUGGCUGUCGCUGGGCCUCGCGUUCCACAUCAACGUGCUCCCCCUUAGCCGGCAGCUCGCGGUGCUGACGGGGACGCUGUGGAACCGGGUGCUGCAGGGGCAGCGCGCGCUGCGGAUCGAGACGCUGCUCGCGCACGAGUUCCACAAGAGGAAGUUCCUCCUCCCCGACAAGCUGUCGGCGCGCGAGCGGGACAAGCUCGAGAAGGAGCUGGCGGCGAUUGCGGCGCGCAGGGCCGGCGGCGGCGGCGCGCAGGACGACGACGAGGAGAUGGAGGGCGGCGAGGACGGCGAGGACGGCGCGGUGGACGGCGGCGAGGACGGCGACGGCGCCGAGCCGAAGAGCGCGAAGAAGAAGUCGCCGGGAGGCAAGCAACAGGGCAAGGCCGGCGCGACGUCGUCGCGGAAGCGCCGCGCGCCGGCGUUCGCGGGCGGGUUCGUGCUGGAGCCGAAGAAGGGCCUGUACGACAAGCCCAUCCUCCUGCUCGACUUCAACUCGCUGUAUCCUUCCAUCAUUCAAGAAUACAACAUCUGCUUCACCACGGUGGAGCGGCCCGAGGACGGCGCGAUCGCGCCGCUCCCGCAGGCGUCGUCGGAGAUGGCCCCGCUGCCGACGAUCAUCCGGAGCCUCGUGCAGCGGCGCCGGCAGGUGAAGAGCAUGCUCAAGGGCGAGCGCGACCCGGUGACGAGGCAGCAGCUCGACGUGCGGCAGCUGGCGCUCAAGCUGACGGCGAACUCGAUGUACGGGUGCCUGGGGUUCCAGGGCGGGCGGUUCUACGCGAAGCCGCUGGCGGAGCUGGUGACGGCGCAGGGGCGCGAGAUUCUGCAGGCCACGAAGGAUUUGGUGGAGUCGCAGUGCGGGCUCGAGGUGGUGUACGGGGACACGGACAGUAUCAUGGUGUACACGGCGGCGGCGGACGCGGCGGAGGCGACGCGAAUCGGGAACGAAAUCAAGAAGCUCGUGAACAAGCGAUACAAGCUGCUCGAGCUGGACCUGGACGGCAUCUUCAAGCGCAUGCUGCUGCUGAAGAAGAAGAAGUACGCCGCGCUGAAGAUCGUCGGGCGCGCCCCGGACGGCUCCGACAUUUGCGAGCGCGAGGAGAAGGGUCUGGACAUCGUGCGGCGCGACUGGUGUCCGUUGUCCAAGGACUGCGGGCGCGCGUGCCUGGACCACAUCUUCUCGGACGCGUCCAAGGAGGACGUCGUCGCGCAGAUCCACGAGCACCUCCGGGAGGUCGCGGCGGCCAUGCGCGAGGGCAAGGUCCCCACCCACAAGUUCAUUAUCACGAAGCAACUGACGAAGAGGAUCGAAGACUACCCCGACGCGCGCACGCAGGCGCACGUGCAGGUCGCGAUCCGGCGGCGCGCGGCCGGGAAGCGCGACGGCGUCGCGCAGGGCGAGACGGUGCCGUACGUCAUCUGCGUCGACGCGGGGGAGUCGGCGGAGGGGGACUCCGGGGACACCCCUGCGAAGGAGAGCGCCCCCGCGAAGAGCUCCGGCAGCAAGGGCCUCGCGGAGCGCGCGUACCACCCCGAGGAGAUCAAGGCCUCGGCCGGGCGCCUCACGCCGGAUGUGGCGUGGUACCUGUCGCAGCAGGUGCACCCGGUCGUGGCCCGGCUGUGCGCGCACAUCGAGGGCACGGACGCCGCGCAGAUCGCCGAGUGCCUCGGCAUGGACGCGGCGCGCUUCAAGGGCGCCGCGGGCGCCGGGCGGGGCAACGCGGACGAUCUGCGCAUGGCGGGCACGCUGGACGAGGACGAGUGGUACGUCAACUGCGAUCCGCUGCUGGUCAAGGGCGCGGACGGGCAGGCGUUCCGGUUCCUCGGCGUCGAGGAGGCGCUCGCGGGCCGCGUCGCGCCGGCGGACCUCCUGCGCCCGCGCACGGACACCGCGACGACACCGGCCACCGCGGCGACGCUCGCGAACCAGGCGGAGCUCCAGGUCCGCGCGCACGUGCGGCGGUACUACCGCGGCACGCUCAGCGGCGAGGCGGACGAGCUCCAGGCGAGCCGCACGCGCGACAUCAGCCUCCGCGUCGAAGGCGACGCGCAGCCCGGCACGCUGCCGCGGCACCCGCGCGUGCGCGGCAGCAUGCACGCGGUGUACUCCGAGGCCGCGCUGUACCUCCAGCUCGCGCACUACGCGCGUCUGCUCGACCCCGUCGAGGCCGUGCGCCGCAUGGAGAGCCAGGGCAAGAUGCGCAAGGCGGCCGAGGUGGCGGAGAAGGCCGCGGCGGCGCGCGGGGAGAAGCUGGCGGUGCCGUACGUGUCGGGGAUGGGGCAGAAGCCCGCGGAGGCGCGGCGGUUCGCGCAGGCGGUGCUGGGCGGGGAGGUGUGCGGUGCGCUGGAGCGCGCAGCGGGGGUCGUGCGCGGGCACCUGCACCGGUGCGCGUACAAGUUCGUGGACCUCGAGGAGUUCUUCGGGGAGCUCGCGGUGGCGCCGAGGAGACGCCGGGGCCGCGGGGCGUGA